AGUCCUUCACAGAUUCUCAAGUCAAAUACGGCUUUACUGCUAGCAUCCUGAUCUGCUCCACUCUUACAGACUCAGUGAGAACCUAAAACCUGGUUUAAAAACUGCAACAGAACCUGAAGUGUGUCCUUUGUGAAUGCAGCCCGUUAGGAACUGCUUGGGCUUAUCUUGGUGAUUUAUGACGAAUGUUUUGUGUCCUGCUUUGCUUUCCACUUUGCACGCUCACAUCAAAGCCAUGUAUUUUGCUACCAAAUUACUGCUCCUUUCUGGGUUACCUUGUGCCUUGUAAAGAGCACAUCAGCCAGCUCCUACAUCUUAUUUGUUAGUAACAAAAGAGGAAGAAUAAGCUAAGAAGGUAAAUAUUUAAAUUUGGGGUUGGCCAGAAGCGGGAUGUAUGGGUGUAAUGAACCUAUAUGUUUUUUUUCUUUUACUAUAAGUGAAGUUUUGACAUUGCAGAUAUACUACUGUCUUUUACAUGGUCAUUCUUUUUGUCAUACAGGACACGUUUACAUUUUUGCUGUUUAAGAACUUAUCUUAGAGUUAAACUGGUAGCAGCUUGUUCUGGUGCUGGCACAGCUGUGCACAUCUCCCUUGUCACCUUAAUUCACUGAGGACACUUAAGAGUUAAAGGAUAUUUAAUGUGCCUCUUAAUAGACAUUGUCAAAUAUAUGGAAAAAUUUCAACAUAAUUGUCCUAGGCUCUAGUGAUUUCAUUUGUGAAUGAAGACGUCCUGGGAACCUAUAGCUAUUUUGAUUUUUGCAGCCUUAGUGCCUAGUGCUUAUGCGAGAGACUAGUGAUUUCUUCCCUGUACCCUGCUUAUUGUUGAAAAGCCAGAGCUAUUUUUAACAUUCACACAAUUUUGAAAGACGAUUCUUCAUUCCACAACGUUUGUUGCUAAAUCUGUGGAGCCUUUCAUAAUUACAUCCUUUUUGUGGUUUGCUUGAAUUUGAUCACAGUGGCUGAUUUCAUGCAUUGAUAAUGAAGGCUUAGGUUGCCUGUUUCUCGGCACAAAUCCACCUCCGACUCGUACGUUGACAGUGCUGCUGGUUUCAGCACGCGUAGAGAUCCAGAUUGAAACUGCUCUGCUUUCUUAACAAAUGACUCAGAGCGUGUUCGUCCUUCCCUAAGAUGCUGCCAGCGUGUAAAGGAUUUUCAAUGAGAGUGAACUAAGCCAGCCACGGGAAGGUUCUGAGCGGCACUGAUGUGGUGUGGGGCUGUCACGGAUAAUCAGGCUGGAGCCAAGUCCCGGUAGCACCGUACAUCACGCUGGCUGCAUCCUGGAAGUUUUGUUUAUCCAACUUGGUUGCUGGUGAAGCUGCUGAAAUCCCUGCCAGGAUGUGGAGUGGACUUCCCAGCAGAGGCAGUGCAUGCCACACCACCACCCUUCCUGCCCUCGUGCGCACACCCACCCUGAUGAUGCAGCCUUCGCUGGACAUCAAACCGUUCAUGUCUUUUCCAGUGGACAGUAGCUCUGCUGUUGGACUCUUUCCAAACUUUAACACAAUGGAUCCCGUACAGAAAGCAGUCAUUAACCACACGUUUGGAGUCUCCAUUCCCCCAAAGAAGAAACAAGUUAUUUCUUGUAAUGUCUGUCAGCUUCGCUUUAACUCGGAUAGCCAGGCCGAGGCCCACUACAAAGGAAGUAAACAUGCCAAGAAGGUCAAAGCUCUAGAGGCAACGAAAAAUAAACCCAAAAUGGUUCCUUCCAAGGACAGCGCAAAGGCUAAUCCCAGCUGCUCCGUCAGGCCAGGCACAGGCGACAGCUCUGACAAAUCAGAAGACAAAGGGAAGAUAAAAGCCUCCAGUUCCAGUCAGCCCUCAGGCUCAGAAGGAGGCUCCUUUCUCCUCAAAUCCGGCACAGCACCUCUGCCACUUGGAGCCAUUGCUUCUCCCUCCAAGAGCACAAACGGAGCUCCGGGGUCUGUUGCUGAGUCAGAAGAAGAAAAAGCCAAAAAAUUACUCUACUGCUCACUAUGCAAGGUGGCUGUGAACUCCCUGUCACAGCUGGAGGCUCACAAUACAGGAUCUAAACACAAGACCAUGGUUGAGGCUCGUAACGGAGCUGGUCCAAUUAAGUCCUAUCCAAGACCUGGGUCAAGAUUAAAGGUGCAGAAUGGCAGUAAGGGCUCAGGACUACAGAACAAAACGUUUCAUUGUGAAAUCUGUGACGUUCAUGUGAACUCAGAGAUUCAACUCAAACAGCACAUUUCAAGCCGAAGGCAUAAAGACCGCGUGGCAGGAAAACCGCUGAAGCCGAAAUAUAGCCCCUACAACAAGCUCCAGAGGAGCCCGAGCAUCUUAGCUGCAAAGCUUGCAUUCCAGAAAGAUCUGAUGAAGCCUCUGGCCCCGACUUUCCUGUCUUCUCCCCUGGCGGCCGCAGCUGUGUCCUCUGCGCUGUCCCUGCCUCCUCGGCCAUCCGCCUCUCUCUUCCAGGCUGCAGCCAUCCCUCCUGCGCUGCUGAGGCCUGGCCACGGACCCAUCCGGGCCACGCCCGCCUCCAUCCUCUUUGCCCCUUACUAAACACUCGGAGCCCGUGACAGGCCAGGCCAGUGGGAAGGUAUAGAAGAAAAGCCCAAAGGAUUCAGCAGUGUAAGCCCUGUGUGUGACUGUAAGUACCCUACCCAUCCACUUACAAAGUGCAGGCCACCGCCCAGCCCCACCUCCAGAGACAAAGGGAGGCCAGGCUCAAGGGCGUGUCUCUUCCCUUGCCCUCUCCAUCUUACCCCAGCCAAUUGGUGUAUCUGAGAUACUUAAGUUUCUUGAAAAUAUAUUGAUCAGUAAAAGAAAACUGACCUGUGUAUUCCCAUGGUGUGACGAUCUGGCUUAGAAACAAAAUGGAAUCUCUUCCUGACAGACUUGAACAGUAGGCUCUUCCUCGGAUGUCUGUAAAUAACUCCAGAAUCCAAGCGGGCAUAUUCUAGUGUGGAACAAAAGUCCAUCGCAAGUGCUUAGUUGUGGAUACCAUCUUCCCCACGGCUCAUGGCGGUUUUUUGUUUUUCUUUUCUGGUGUUCUAGUGUCCACAGGGAUUGUGUACUGUUCUAGACCCGAGUACUGUUGUACCCCGUGUAGUACUAGAUCGUAACUCUCGUUGAAUUAAACUUUUUUUUUAUUGCUGUGUAAUUGUUAGGAAGCAAAGUAGCUUUGAAAUUUUUUCUCUUUAAGAGAACAAAAGAUAAUGUAUUUUCUUUAUUUCAUGUUUUAUUUGGAGAUAUUUAAACGAAAUAGAAAGCCAUAUAACAUAGCUAUAAUUACUACCUGUUUGCUAUUUUUGUUUUAACUUAUUUUUGUAGCAUCCUCACUGGUUUGAGUUGCUAAGCAAAUGUAUACAAAAACAAAAAGAGCUUCCGAAAUUGUACAUUUUUGCACCUUCUGUGCAUCUGCAAGAAGACAGUGAAUUCGUGUAUUUCUACAUAACAAUCUUCAUUUUAAACCUCUGUUUUUCAUUGGUAACGAUGCUACAUAACUCUGUGGCUCCCUGAUGCAAUAAUGUACAGAAGAUAUAUAAUUUAUAAAUUGAACAAUCUGUCUUUCUGUUCAAUGACUGUGUCACAGGUCAUGUGACCAUGCUUCCCCUUCUCCUACCCCUACCCUCCCUACUCCCCUAAAAAAUCUGAUAUUAAGAAGACUGGAAUGUUUGUGAUAUCAGGGGCAAGAGGUAUCAUAAAACAACAACACAGAGUGAACUCUUUAGAGGGCCUAUAUCUGCAAUCUGUAAAUGGUAAAAUGUCUGUGUAUUUUUUUAAAUGUACCUUUUCAAUAAAAGUACAAAAAAAAA